AUGGUCCACUACAAGGUUUCUUAUUUCCCAAUCCGUGGAGCCGGAGAGAUCGCUCGCCAAAUCUUGGCUUAUGCCGGACAAGAUUUCGAGGACAACAGAAUUCCAAAGGAAGAGUGGCCAGCUAUCAAGCCAAGCACUCCAUUUGGACAACUUCCACUUCUCGAAGUCGAUGGAAAGGUUCUUGCUCAAUCUCAUGCCAUCGCUCGUUAUCUUGCUCGUCAAUUCGGAAUCAACGGAAAAUGUGCAUGGGAAGAGGCUCAAGUCAACUCUGUUGCUGAUCAAUUCAAGGAUUAUCUCAACGAGGUUCGCCCAUACUUCAUGGUGAAAAUGGGAUUCGCUGAGGGAGAUGCUGAUGCUCUUGCCAAGGACGUCUUCGUUCCAGGAUUCAAGAAGCACUACGGAUUCUUCGCCAACUUCCUCAAGUCAUCUGGAUCCGGAUACUUGGUCGGAGACUCGUUGACUUUUGUUGACUUGCUUAUCGCUCAACACACUUCUGAUCUUUUGGCUGCCAAUCCAGCUCUUCUCGAUGAGUUCCCACAAUUCAAGGGUCAUCAAGAGAAGGUUCACUCAAAUGCCAACAUCAAGAAAUGGUUGGAGACUCGUCCAGUUACUCCAUUCUAA